AUGUUGGUGCAAGCUAGUAAAGUAUAUACACCUUGUAUAUUUGAAGUUUUCCAAGGUGAAUAUGAAAGAUCCUUAUCAGCUUGCACCAAGCAAUUGGAUGGCUGUAAUGAAUAUAUUGUAGGAGAUUUUACCAUCGAAGAAGAGUAUAAAGUUACCGGUGAUCCUUUGAGACAAAUAGUUGUGUGCAGCUGCCAGCAAUAUGAGAGAAUUGGGAUAUUGUGUGGCCAUGCUCUUAAAGUUCUUGAUUUAAUGAACAUCAAGUCAUUGCCAUCACAUUAUGUGUUAAAGCGAUGGACACGAGAAGCACGAAGUGGAGCUGUACAAGACAAGGAGGGAAGAAAUAUAAUUGAAAACCCAUAUAUGGAUGCCAUGCUUAGCUACAGAUAUAUGUCCCAUCAAUUUCAUAAUUUGGCGGAUCGAGCAUCCAACUUCCCAAAAUGUGUUGCUUUGGUGGAUAGCACACUUGACAUCCUUGGUAAGCAAAUUCAAGAAAAACUCAAUGCAUGCACAAGCACUCCUUGGUAUCCAUCUACGAUUCCCACAGAUGCUAGCCCACCAGAUGACUUGUUGACUAACGCGCGCCUAAAGAAAAAGGAGGUUGAAACAAAAACUUCAAAACGAAAAAGAACUUGGCUCGAUAAAAAGCACAAGUUCAGAAAAAAGAGGGAAAAUAUAGAAGAGGUUGGGGAAGAGGCAGGUAGUGGCAGUGCACCAACACAAUCACAAGCAGAUGCACAAGUACAAGUUGCAAAUGAUGGUGUUUAUAGUGGCAAAGGGAAAGAAUCUGAAGUCUACGAGACCAAUCUUAGGUUCACUCAAUUAUUGACGGGACCAAUCACAGAUGAAGAUUUUAUUGGGCUGUGGUGA